CAAGCCUGACCCCCAGGCUGCUCACAUGGCUUCCCCCUGCUCUGAGGAGUCCAGCCCAGCAGGCCUGCCCCUUCCUCCUGUAGCCACUUCUGGUCCCGCCGCCCCCCAGGAGCCGCCCUUCCCGGACAUCUACGGCGGGGACGCGCAGCUCUGGGAGGCGCACUUCCGCGGCAUCCGGCGCGCCUACCGCGCGCUGGGCAAAGAGUGCGACUUCGCCAUCCGCGUGCUCACGGAGGACUUCACGCUGCCCUUUCCGUUCGCCUGGCCGCCGGGGCCCGACCCGGCCCGCGGGCCGCUCUUCUACGACCCGCACGACCGCAAGGGCUUCGACCUCCUGCUGCGCGGCCCGGGCGCGCCGCCCCCCGCGCUGCUGCGGCCCCUGCACGCCGCGGCCCAGGCGGCUGUGCGCAAGCGGCUGCUGGUGUUCAGCUACGCCAGCGCGGACGCCGGCCGGGGGCCCCGCCUGGUGCUGCUCGCGCCCCGGCUCGCCGCCGGCGCCGCCUUCCCGGGGCCCGCGGGGCCCGAGGCCGCUAGCCUUGGCGCGCCCGAGCUGGGCUAGCCGCGCCGUCUAUGGUCAAUAAAGAGUUCCUCUGCCUCUGCACCCAGGCUCUUGGCUGCACACGUCGGACAGGCAUUUGGUGCCCUCUGGCUCCAGGGGGGCCCUGAUCCCAGCUCUGCCCCAGGCAGGCCAGGCUGCGGUGGUGCGGUAGGGGCCACGUGGAUCUCAGACAGUAAUGCAAGGAGUGAAAUCAAAUGGCAAGCAGGCCAGGCCGGCCAGGCCAGAAAGCGGCUGUCCCAGAGGAGAGGACUGGGGCAGGGAGGGUGGUGGCGGGGGGCCUCCAUCCACAGGGCCUGCCCUUCGGGAUCUUUGCCUCAG